GGCUGUGAAACGUUGUGUGAACGGCGCAACUUUCAGCAGAAAGUUUCUCAGAUAACUUGGCGGUUGGGCUGGAUUACGACUCACAGGCUUGAUCAUUUCUUCUGGACUCUUACAACAAAAGCGGUCUGACCGAGGAUAAAGGCAAACAGCGAGGAUCAGAGGAUGUCUCUUCCUAAGAGAGAGGUGGAGGAGUUGAGACCAUGGGUGGAGCGCACUGUGAAGAAAGUGCUCGGUUUCUCAGAGCCCACCGUGGUCACUGCAGCUUUACACUGUGUUGGAAAGGGGCUGGACAAAAGGAAGACCAUAGACCAGCUGCGUCCUUUCCUCGAUGACUCAGCGGGGGGUUUCGUGGAGCGUCUCUUUGAAGCGCUGGAGGAGAGUCGCAGCGCCCGCGGCAGCAAAGGAUCCGGAGAAAAGAACCGCAAGAGAGACCUGAAGGAUGUGUUUGGGGAUGAAACUGACCCGAGUGCCAAGCGAGAACCUCAGAGCGCAGGAGAUGGGACCGUGGCGAAGCGAAAACGGGUCCCUCGAUUCCAGGAGGUGGAAGAGCCUGAGGUCAUCCCUGCACCUCCAACUGAGAGCUCUGGUAUGCUCACCAAAUUGCAGAUUAAACAGAUGAUGGAAGCAGCCACAAAACAGAUCAAAGAGAAAAAGAAACAACUGAAUUUUUCAUCCCCAGCUCCUCCUCCACAGAUGUUUACCCUUGCUACACCACAAAUGGAAGCCUCCACAGUAUCACGGCUUCUCAGCAGCAAUGCUGCUGCAGGUGGUGGUGGUGCCUCAUCCAUUGCCCCCUCCCAGGCUGCUAGCUUUAUGAAUGAUGCUAUCGAGAAGGCCCGCAAGGCUGCUGAGCUACAGGCACGCAUCCAGUCCCAGUUAGCCCUGAAACCUGGUAUCCUCGGAGCAUUGGGAAACACUGGGCCUCACAACCUAGUGGCACUAGCUAAUCUACACGCCAUGGGAAUUGCUCCACCGAAAGUGGAAAUCAAGGAGGUGAAUAAGCCAACACCUCUUAUCCUGGAUGAUUUGGGAAGAACUGUGGAUGCAAGUGGCAAAGAGGUUGAACUCACACAUCGCAUGCCCACACUAAAAGCUAACAUUCGAGCUGUGAAGAGAGAGCAGUUCCGUCAGCAGCUGAAGGAGAAGCCUGGUGAAGACAUUGAGUCCACGUCCUACUUCGACCAACGUGUUUUUAUAACACCAGCUCAACGCCCUCGCAGGGGCUUCAAGUUCCAUGACCAGGGGCGCUUCGAGAAGAUUGCUCAGAGAAUUAGAACUAAGGCCCAGUUGGAAAGGUUGCAGAAUGAGAUUGCCCAGGCAGCAAAGAAGACAGGAAUCCAGGCGUCCACCAAGCUCGCCCUGAUUGCACCCAGGAAGGAGAUCGGAGAAAAGGAGGUGCCCAACAUUGAGUGGUGGGACUCCUUCAUCCUGCCCAACAACGUAGACUUUAGAACCGAAACAAAUUUUGAACAGCUGGAGUUAUUUGGUGUGACCAACCUUGUGGAACAUCCUGCACAAAUUAACGCCCCAGUUGACACAGAUAAGGCAGUCACGCUUGGUGUAUACCUGACAAAGAAAGAACAGAAGAAAUUGAGACGACAGACGCGAAGGGAGGGCCAAAAAGAAGUUCAAGAGAAGGUCCGUCUGGGUCUCAUGCCUCCACCAGAACCCAAAGUGCGCAUCUCCAACCUGAUGAGAGUGCUGGGGACGGAGGCAGUUCAGGACCCGACAAAAGUAGAGGCCCACGUAAGAGCACAGAUGGCCAAGAGACAGAAGGUUCAUGAAGAGGCCAACGCCGCUCGCAAACUCACAGCAGGGCAGAGGAAAGAGAAGAAGGUCAAGAAGUUAAAAGAAGACAUUACUAAUGGUGUUCACAUUGCAGUGUACAGGAUCCGUUACCUGCAAAGUACUUCUAAGAAGUUUAAAGUGGAGAAAAAUGCCAUCCAGCUGUACCUGUCCGGCACAGUAGUCCUGCACAGAGAUGUCAACCUUGUUGUAGUGGAGGGAGGCCCCAAAUCCCAGAAAAAGUUCAAGAAGCUGAUGAUGCACAGAAUCAAAUGGCAGGAACACAACAGUAAAAGAGAUGAUCCUGAUGGUGACGAGGAGGCCAGGAGAAAUAACAAGUGUUGGUUGAUUUGGGAGGGAACAGCCAAGGAGCGUAGUUUUGGAGACAUGAAGUUCAAGCAGUGUCCCACGGAGAAUAUGGCCAGAGAGCACUUCAAGAAGCAUCGCACAGAACAGUAUUGGGACCUGGCCCUCAGCCAAAGUGUUUUGGAAACCUCGGAUGACUGAAACCUGCACGGAGCUUCCGUCCACACGCCCCCCCCCCCAGACCUACAACGGCACAGUCAGGAGAUCCUCACUGCUGACCGGCUGCUUUCAUCUGCCCAGCACACAAACCUAAUCCAGAGACUUGAACAUAGAAAAGCAGGAAGAAUAAUCCUGUGUAGGUCUUUACAAGGAUGUGUGACAGAUGAGUGUGUGUGUGCCUGCAUCAUCAGUCUUUACCCGUAGGCACCUCAGUCAGAUCUUGUAAUCUCUUAUAGAUUAGCAGGAUCCAAGGCUAUAUAUGAAGACGAGAAACUGUCAGACUAUAUCCCAACAGAAUUUUCUUUAUGAUGAAUCCCCCACAUGUCCACUGAUGUUGUUCCCUGUGUGAGUGAAUCAGUUUUUUUCGCCUUCAUCAGUGAGCGACUGCUGCUGUGCUAACACGUGUAGAGUAAACCUGGAAGCACUGGAGGCUCCAGUUUCAGGACUGACUGGUAUUACAGCUACAUUUCACAAAAUAAAAAAUCUCCACAAUGCAUUUUAUUUUCUUUUGGAUAAAAGAGUAAAUCUUUGACUCACCUCUAGCGAUAUCUCUCUGUACUAUUACAGUCAAAGCCUUAAAUAUACAUCAAAAUGUAA